AUGAGGUGGAUACUCUUCUUUGGGGCCCUUAUUGGGCCCAGCAUCUGUUGCCAAGAGAAGUUUUUUGGGGACCAAGUUUUUAGGAUCAAUGUCAGAAAUGAAGAUGAGAUCCACAAACUGAUUCAGCUAGUGAAUUCGGACAACUUUACGCUUAACUUCUGGAAACCUCCCUCCACUUUUGGUUGUCCUGUGGAUAUCCAGGUCCCGUCUUUCAGUCUGCAGCCAGUCAAAUCCUUCCUGAAGUCCCAGGGCUUAGAGUACUCAGUGACGACUGAAGACCUGCAGUCCCUUUUAGAUGACGAAGAUGAGGAAACGCAACACAAUGAAGGGAGAGAGCGGAGUGGUGAUCCUUUCAACUACGGGGCCUACCAUUCUCUGGAAGCAAUUUACCUUGAAAUGGACAGCAUGGCUGCAGAUUUUCCUGACUUCGUGAGCCAGGUGAAAAUUGGACAUUCGUUUGAGAACCGGCCACUGUAUGUAUUGAAGUUCAGCACCGGCACAGGUGAGCGGCGGCCGGCCAUCUGGGUGAACGCAGGCAUCCAUUCCCGAGAGUGGAUCUCCCAGGCCACGGGCAUCUGGAUGGCGAGGAAGAUUGUUUCUGACUACAGGAAGGACCCAGCCAUCACCUCCAUCCUGGAGAUAAUGGACAUUUUCUUGUUGCCUGUGGCCAAUCCUGAUGGAUAUGUGUACACUCAGACCAAAAACCGGUUCUGGAGGAAGACACGGUCCCGAAAUCCUGGAAGCAAAUGCAUUGGUGUCGACCCAAAUAGAAAUUGGAACUCCAGUUUUGCAGGAGAGGGAGCCAGUGACAACCCAUGCUCUGAAGUGUACCAUGGGCCUCAUGCCAAUUCAGAGGUGGAAGUGAAAUCAGUGGUAGAUUUCAUCCAAGAACAUGGGAAUUUCAAAUGCUUCAUUGACCUGCACAGCUACUCACAGCUGCUGAUGUACCCAUAUGGGUACACGGUCGACAAGGCCCCAGACGCUGAGGAGCUGGACAAGGUGGCAGGGCGUGCAGCCAAAGCUCUGGCUUCCCUGUUGGGCACUAAGUACCGAGUGGGUCCCAGCAGCACCAUUCUCUACCCAGUUAGCGGGAGCAGCAUCGACUGGGCAUAUGAUAAUGGCAUCAAGUAUGCCUUCACGUUUGAGUUGAGAGAUACUGGGCGUUAUGGCUUCCUGCUGCCAGCCAACCAAAUCAUCUCCACUGCGGAGGAGACCUGGCUGAGUUUGAAGAUCAUCAUGGAGCACGUGCGGCACCACCUCUACUAGACCAGGACUCCCACUCACUUACAUUUAAUUAUAACCCACAGGUGCACACAUGCAGCAGCCUCAGUUAAAGGGGCUCAUUCCUUCGCUUGAGACUCAGGGCCCUCGGGCUUUGUCAAGAACAUGGCAGCCCCUCUGCAGCCCCCCUCCCUGGAGCUGGUGCAUUCUGCCAAUGCCCCUAUGAAGAGUGCUCUGCCUCCCUACUGUAUGUUAA